ACAGAAGUUCACGAACUGUACGGUCAUUACGAUCGCCCACCGGAUCCACACUAUCAUCGACUCCGACCUCAUUCUGGUGCGUAUGGGUUGGGGGAGAGAGGGGGACGGCAUGCGUGUGAGGGAAGUGGUGUUAGACUCAGGAGAGUUGGUGGAGUCGGGAACGGCAUACCAUUUGCUGCAACGAAGCGAUAGUGUGUUCACGAAAUUAGUCGACAAAAGCGGUCAACAAAUGGCAAUCAGUUUGAGACGAAUGGCCCGAAAGUACUGUUCAAACAAAUUGUGUGAACGUAUUGAGGACAGGGAGGCAGACAGUGGUGAGGGAGGGGAUGAAGGCUUGCAAUCAAUGCCAAGGCGUUCA